CAGACACAAAGGGCUCCAGCACUGCCCCAAAGCAAAGGUAGCUGCUGCUUGCCCUGGAUUUCUCUUUGUGCCUCUUGCUUGAGCGAGCCGAGCUCUUUGUGCGGCAGCUGAGCACGCUGGGAACAGGCUCUGGCUGCACGGAGGAGGAAGACGGCUCUCGGAAAGGCUCUGGGAGCUGCAGCUGGCACAAAGGCAGGAGCAGAAGAGCCAGGCAGGGGCCUGUGUCCCCCCCCCGGUACCCCCGAACCUGCAGAAGACCCACCCCGACCCCCCGCAGAGGACGCGUCUGGACCGGCUCGGUGGCCAGCCCUGCGCCCAUCCUGGCUCCGCGGCACGUCACGCGCUCCGGGGGGACCAGGCAGGGCCUGCGCCCGCCGCGCCACCGCCAGCCGGGCUAGCGGCCGCACCCAGCACCCUCGCAGCCUGAAACCCUGCCAGUCCCACGAGUGGGAAAGGCCCAGCCUAGGAUUUGUGCUUCCUGCCUCCUACUUUGCUUGGAGCAGCUCAUUAACGAGGCACAGCCGGGGGCAGCGCCGCGGGAGCACCAGGCAUGGCAGCUGAGGCAGACGGGGACCAGGCCCCCCCGGAGCAGCCGGGGCCACUGGGCACUCCCCACUCCGAGGACUUUGUGUACAGCGAAGAUGAGUUCGUCCUGCACGGAGCCGGGUGGGGAAGCGAGCCCGACCCGCCAGGCUACCCGCUGUCCCACUUUGACCGCGCUCUGCAGGACGGCUGGAAGCACAGGAUGGAGCUGGGCUUGUUUCGGUAUCACCUGGGGGAGCUGCAGACCCGUGUCCUGCCUGGCCCCAUGCGGCUGGUGGCCCAGCUCAACAUCCAGAGGGGUGUGGAGAAGAGGAAGUCACAGGCCAUCCACAGCGUCCGGCAGCCCUUCGACCCUCGGGAGUUCAACUUCACCCAGAUCCGCCCCGGCGAGGUCCUGUUCCGCCUGUGCAGGUCGCCCGCCCGCCCGCCGGCCACAGGCUGUCCUCAGCUCGACUACGUCCUGGUGGUGAUCAACGUGAGCCCCUUGGAGCUGGGCCACGUGCUCCUGCUGCCGGAGCCCGCACUGCGCCUGCCCCAGGUCCUCACGCCCGAGCUGCUCCGCUUCGGCCUGGACGCGGUGCUGCUCAGCGCCCACCCCGGCUUCCGCGUGGGCUUCAACGGCCUGGGCGCCUUCGCCUCCGUCAACCACCUCCACCUGCACGGCUUCUACCUGGGCUGGCCGCUGCUGGUGGAGUCCGCGCCCGCGGAGCCCCUCAGCCCGGCGCCGGGCCUCUUCUUCCUGCGCGGCGUCCCGGCCCCCGGCUUCCUCUUCUACAGCCAGGGCGAGGGCCUGGACGCCCUGGCGCGGGACGUCUGCCGCGCCGCCGACCUGCUGCUGGGCCGCGGCGUGGCCUACAACGUGCUGGUGACGCGGGGCGCGCCGCCGCGGGGGCCGGGCGCCGGCGGGGGCGGCGCGGGGCUGCGGGUGCUGCUGUGGGCGCGCCAGGCCGUGCUGGGCCCCGCGGUGCAGGCCACGCUGCCCGUGGCGCUCUGCGAGCUGGCCGGCCACCUGCCCCUGGCGGCCGCCCCCGCCUUCCACGGCCUCACCGAGGCCGAGGCCCUGGGCGCCAUCCGCCAGCACCUGCUGCCGGAGCCGCAGCUGGAGCAGCUGCGCGGGGACCUGGCGCGGCUCCUCGCGGGCUGA